AUGAAUCGAAUUCAGUAUCAUGGCGGUGGAAGACCUGAUGGCAGAGCUAGACGGGAGCAUUGGAUUCACCGCCGUCUGCAGGAGAUAAUUUCUCGACAACAAGAGCAAAGCAGAUUGGGCGAUUAUCUGCCCUUUGAGGCCCAGUUAAAUCCGAAAAACUCGCAGCUGAUUCGGAAACUUAUCUACACAGACAAAUCAACAGGUGGUACCCGGUGGAAGGAGUUCGACGCACCGGAUAAUAUUUCCGACGAAGAAGCUUCGACUAUCGAGACAUCUCCUUUUAGCCUGAUGAACACUGAGACAAUGAUUCUAGGCGGGGCCUUCCAGUCGCAGUGGAAUUUCCAAACAAGAUCUGUACCCCUCACGCGUAUCGUGGAGGGUGAUGUCUCUAUAGGAAGUAACCUACAAACCGUCGGUCCCAAUCGACAGGACAACGGCGAAACGUGCGGCAAUUCAAGGCCAAGCUUUGCUUCGUUGGAUGAAAGAUCUUACUCACCGACCUUCCCGGGUUCGAAUACUCUUGACCAUGAGCUUGAUCAGUCGAACGCCACUUGGCUAGAAGGUGAUCCGUGUGAGAGGGCUGGCAUUUCAGUGGAUUUAUCGACACACUGUCCAUUGAGUUCACCACCUGUCAGCGCAUUCAACAUUGAUCGAGCAGAUAUCUUCAACACAUGGCCCCAGCAGGUGUUGAACAAAGAAAGCAAUCAAGGAAACCAUGUGUUUCUUUCACUUCCGACUACAUCUACAUAG